AUGGCUGCUGAACUAGGUAGCGCUGCAGUUUCUGGCGUUGCAUCAAAAGCUGCGGAGUCAGCGUUUGAUUCCAUUGGACAGCAUAUAUCUUAUUUGUUCAAGUACCAGAGCUACAUCAAUGAUCUUAAGAAUCAAGUUGAGGAUCUGGGAAAUGCAAGAGAGAGGGUGGAACAUCAAGUUGAUGAAGCUAGAAGACGAGGGGAAGUGGUCGAAAAGGAUGUGGAGCGAUGGCUAAAAAGAGUAAAUGACUUCGCUGAAGGGGUUGUAAAACCCAUAACUGGUGAUGAAGAUAAAGCAAAGAAGCGUUGUUUCAUAGGGUUGUGUCCUAAUUUGAUUCAGCGUUACAUGCUCGGCAAGAAGGCAGUGAAAGCGUUAGCAGGUGGUGCCGAUCUGUCGGGAGAGGGGAACUUCAGUAGUGUUUCCUACCGUCCUGCAAUACAGAGGACGGAAUCCGUUUACAUUAGAGGCUUUGAGGCCUUUGAUUCUAGAAUGCCAGUUUUCCAAGAAAUUAUGGAAGCGUUGAAGGAUGCUAACGAUAACAUGGUUGGGGUGUAUGGGAUGGCUGGUGUGGGCAAAACUACAUUGGCAAAAAAUGUAGCUUCGCAAGCCAAGGAAGAUAAGCUAUUUGAUGAGGUGGUCAUGACUGCAGUAACACAGACACCAGACUUUAAGAAAAUCCAAGAAGAAAUUGCUGAUCAGUUAGGCCUAACAUUCCUUGAGCAGAGUGUAUCAGGAAGAUCUGCUCGAUUACGUGACAGGUUAAAGAGGGAGAAGAGGAUUCUAGUAAUAUUAGAUGAUAUAUGGGCUAAACUUGAUUUAGAUGCGGUGGGAAUUCCUUAUGGAGAUAUGCACGAGGGAAUUUGCCAGGAAAAAGAAGUUCGGAAAGACAGAAAAGAUGAUGAGAGGCGAUACAAGAUAUUGCUUACUUCUAGAGAUCGAUAUGUAUUACGCAAUCAUAUGAACAUUCAAAAAAACUUCUUGGUUGAUCUUUUAUCGGAUGAAGAAGCACGGUGUUUGUUUCGAAAGGUUGUGGGUGAUUCUGUUGAAAACUCUGAUUUUCGACCUAUAGCAGUAGAGGUGGUCCGGAAAUGUGCACGUUUGCCGAUUGCGAUUGAAACAGUAGCAACGGCUCUAAAAAGUAAGAGUCUUCCAGUUUGGGAGGAUGCCUUGGGUCAACUAACAAGGUCUAAUCCCAGACAAAUUGAAGGAAUGGCUGAAAGUGUGUGUUCUAUUAUAGAAUUGAGCUACAAUUUUUUGAAAAUCGAGGAAAAAUCACUGUUUCUUCUUUGUGGUUUGUUGAAUGCAAGUAGUGGUAUAGUCAUUAGUGACUUACUAAAAUAUAGUAUGGGUUUGCAUUUGUUUCGAGAUGUUUAUGCCCUUGAAGAUGGAAGAAAUAGAUUGCUUACGUUGAUCCAUAAUCUCAAAGCUUCGUCUUUGUUGUUGGAUAGUAUCACCAAUUAUUCCGUUAAAAUGCAUGACCUCAUUCAUGCUGUUGUUAUAUCAAUUGCAUCCUCAGAAGAGUUUAUGUUUAAUAUUAAAAACUUUGGUGAUUUGAAAGAAGUGCUAGAGGAAAAAAUACCCAAAACUGCAACUGCUAUAACCUUGCCCCACAGAGAUAUUGGUGAUGUGCUUCCUCAGAGUUUGGAAUAUCCGAAACUCAAGGUCUUUCUUCUAGACAGCCAAAAUCGCUCUCUACAAAUCCCAGACCUCUUAUUCCAAGGGUGA